AGGCAAUAGGGAAUUAGGGAUGGUGAUUGGUAAUUGGUAUCGACAAAAUUGUGGUUGAGAUCCGAUAAGAUUUGAAGAUAUCAUUGUGUGAGUUUUGACUUUUGGCAGCUUACUAAAAAUAACAGUUAUAUAUGUUACUAUUAAUAUUAAUUCCAGCCAAUAUGAAUAUAUUUUUGUGACUUUUUCAUUCCAAGUAGUGUAUCAUAAUUAGUGUGAAUUUGUAAAGUAGGAAACGGUUUGUCGUUAUUAAAAAUUAAAGGGCACACGUGUAUGGUGUUGUUCAUUAAUUCCGCGUCCAACUUCUCACUACAAGUACCAUGAAACAUAUAAGAAAACACACACUAGAAACAAAAAAAAACAAAAAAACACAACACAAAAUUUAUAAAAGCAUAUUAGAACCUCACCUCACCACAAAGUUUGCAAAGCAGACUAGAAAACUCAAACACAUCACGAGUUUCCUAAAACAUGUCACACAAGUUUGUUAAAACUAUAACAGAAACCUCAUAAAGCAGACUACAAGUUCUAUGAAACAGCCCAUAAACCUCAUAAAGCAUAAUACAAGUUUCCCGAAACAGACAAGAUCCCUAUAAAACAGACCAUAAAUCUAAUAAAGUAUACAUAAGUUUGUUAAAGCAUACCGAAAACCUCAUAAAGCACAACACAGUUUUUGAAAGCAUAGCAAAAAACUCAUAAAUUUGGACCUAUUUGUAAAUUUUAGAAAUUUUAGAUUCAAUGAAAAAAUUAUAUAAAUUUUUACCAACUAAACUGUAAUUUCCCAUCAUUAUGCUUACGAAUUAAAUAAAAAGAAUUUUAAUUGUAGGCUCUAGAUCUUAAUAUCUAUUAAGUUUAGGUAUGAAACUGUAAUAUGCAAACCCUAGCUCCGCUUUCUUCGGAGCGGUGAAUCCUGAAACCUUUCCUGUCUGCGGCCGAACGCCGUCAACCAUGACUAACCUUGCGCCGGGGGCUCAUCACUCGAGCGUCGGGCAGCAAGACUCCAGCUCCGGCAUUCGGAGACCUCCACCGGUGACCUCCUCACCAAACUCUAAAGGAGAGAAGGAAACCCAACCUCCCAAAAAGAGAGCGAAGCCCAGGUUCAACAACCCCCUCUUCGGAAUAGCAUCCAUGGAGGAAGAUACACUUCGAAGGACAAAGAGCCGACGAACUCUCCAAAACAACACCCCCGCGAACCAGCAUGGACUAGUGGCAUAGCGUCGAAGUUAUUUAGUAACCCGACACCUGAUACCGAAUGGUAUGUCGCAGAAUCAGAUUCUGAGGACGUAGCCGAAGCUAUGCGUGAAUAUGAUCAAGAUGAUGAAGUGCCGGAAGAUGAUGACCUGAAGUGCCCAACGAUUGCCUAUACGGAAAAUGGAAUAGCAACGCUGGAGGAGGGAAUGGCGUUCAGUCCUAAUUGUCAAAGUUGUGGGACGCUCGUAACCCUUCCCGGUUACGUCACGGCGGCUCGAAACUCUCUUGGUUUCUAUGAUGUAUGCUUCACUAGUCAAGUGGACUAAGAGUUGGCUGUUGUCGGUGUCCCCUGGAUGACUGGAGAUUACUAUAUUACUGUUCGUCCAUGGCGUCAAAAUUUCAAUCCGAAAAUGGCAGAAGUGGCAACGACGAUGGUCUGGGCGCAGCUGCCAGGGUUACCGAGAGAGUUUAUCAAUAAGGAGGCUGUGGAACGCAUAGCUGAAAUAAUUAACAGACCUGUCUGUGUGGAUAGGGCGGCUGAAUCAAGUGAUCGGGGGCUGUCUCGUUAUGACACAACUCCUAACAAAGGCCAAGUGUAACCAAUGAAAGGGACUGCAGUAUAGUGGCUCAAGUAAUAAAUAUCAAAUCCAUGGGUCUCUAGAGUUACUAUUACUCAGUUUCAGUUCAUUAUCUAGCAAACCAGAUUAAGAUAGAACAGCUAAAACUACUCUAGCAAUCUACAGUUAAAGUUAAUCUAAUUACAGGUUGGGAACUCACUUAGGUAUGAUAGCCUCUAGCCACUAGCCAGAUUAAUGAUUGAUGAUCUCUAAUUUGUUUCACUUUCAUUAAAAAUGCAGAUAAUCCUUAACUAGACCUUGAGUCUCGGCUAAAGGAAUAAGGCCCUCUUGAGUCAGUUGCCUAGAGGGAUGUAUCCUUCUCUAGAACAACCGAUCAAGGCGUUCUGAACUAGAUUCCCUCUAUUGAAUGAGUUUCUCAAUCGAUACAAAGCAUUGAAUCAACCAUCGACUAAAGCAAUCGAUCCAAAACUAUCAAUCUAUGGUGCUCUAUUAACCUAAUCAAGUAUUCGCUCUCAUAGGGUCAAAGCAGAAUCAAUAAUCUCGACUAAAACAUAAUUGAAUGAUGAAAACAUGCAUAGAUUGAAUAUGAACUCAAGAUUAUCAAGUAAGAGUACUCAUACAAUUAUCCAAUCAAACAAAGAUGGCUAGGGUUCCUCAAAACCUAAGUGAAGGAAAAUUACUCCAUAGAGAAGAGAGAAAAUGUCGUAAGAAUCUUCAGAGGAUCAGUCUUCAAGUCCGGGCUUGUUCCUUGAGCUUCCAAGGCAAAGAAAUCCUGCAAUACCACUCCAAAACCCAGCUCUCCCCCCUCAAAAAUCGCAUAAAGUAGACUUAUACCUGAGCAGGGGCAGAAACACGGUCGGGAACACGGUCGUAUUUUAAAUCCCUUCAGCAGUCUUCACAAGUGAGGCUCGGCAUAAAAACAACUGGCAGCUGCUAGAUGAAACUCGGCCAUGUUUUUAGGGUAGUUUGCCUGUGUUUCUUCCGCCAAACAUAUUCCCCUAUAUUCAAUGCUUCGUUUCUCCUUCGUCCGGAUUCCGAAUCAGUCGUCGUUUGAUCCAAGACGCUCGUAGUCUCAUCCUCUUUCUUUUAAUGACAAGCUUGCAUGAUUAUUUGUACAUAAAUGAGAUAGAGAUCCAUUCUUAUUCAGGUCAUGCCCGAGUUUUUUCUCCCGAAUCGCCAAUUGAUCUCCGAUUGACUUGAAACUUGAGCCUACGCUUCACUGUAUGUGCUAGGACUUGAAAUGUGACAAAGGAACACAACCUAGCAUAAAAUAGGCCAAAGAAGCGAUAAUGAAAGCUCAAACGAUCA